AAUCAAAUGGUGUCAUUACACUGACCCUAACACUGGGUUCACACCAAACGCGAAUUAAGCGAUUUGCUCAAGUAAACUGCAUACAAAGAUGCUUAUAGAUGUGAAAUCGCUAAAGGCGAUGAUAAUAAUGAUGAUAAUGCAGUGAACUCAAGUAGAUCUCAUCUUCCGUGGAGGUUGAAAAUAUAUCACAGAUCACGUCACACGACACAAAAUACCACACUUUUCCCGCAUGUAAUAAUAAUUGUGGAAAUUGUUCGCGUUUGGUUUGAACCCAGCAUAAGAAACUGAACAUGACGGAUCUGCUGUUGCAAUAAUUGUUCACAACUUCAACCCUUUGAAGCUCUGAUAUAAAAUCUCAGCGUCACCCCUUUAAUCUUCCCUCAGAAACCAUACGCAGCCAGUUUUUAGCUGGUACAACAUGGUUACGUCAGCAGCGCAAGGUAACCUUAACUUGACGGAGGUUCUCUCUGGAGAACAUGUCAAUAUUUGCCUGUGGAAAAUGUUGAAGUGUGACUGGGAAGAUUAUAUUGUUCUGGACAAUCUAAACCGUGUGCUCGCGCCGUGUUUGUUUUUAUUCACCCUGUGAAGACCAGCAGUAUUAAGGACAGCUCCUAGUGUACAUGUGUCCCUCCAUUGACAGCAAGAACGCAUUCAUUUUUCUUGAGCAAACGGUUCUCAGAGUUUUGAGUUGCUUUAGCGUCAUCUAACCAUGAGUCAGCCUGAGGCGUCAGUCCAGACUGUGCGAUGUUCACAAAGAUCAAAAGAAGAGGAGGAUGGUGACCUGAACAAGGCAUUAGGCGUUCAGCGUUUCCAGCAGAUCCUGAACCCAGCUCCCAGAGUUCCUGGCGAACAGCACCGUGUCUACAAUGAGGAAGAUUUUGAGUAUCAUCGUCACUCGUCCCAUCACAUCCACCAUCCACUCUCCAAACUCCCAGGAGAUGGCCGGAGGAAAAAGGGUGCACGCAAGAGGAGGAAAGGCAGCGGCAAAGAUCACCGAGCGACCUCUGGUCCCAGCAGUCCUCUAGCCAUUGAGGAAGAUGACGAUGAGGAGGAAGAGGAGGGUACGGAUGGCCAGAGCACUCUCACGAUAUCACCAACCGAAACUGAGAGCAAAGACAAUGUUCAGUUUUUUGUUUCGGACGAUGACCCUCACGUACCCAUGCCUGAGGGUUCAGAGUCUCAUUCUGCACGGGGACUUCUGAUCGUGCCCACCUUCGCUUUGUGCUCUGAAGCAGAGGACAGCUCGACCACCGAAACACCUGAACCGGCUCCAGUGACCUCCGGCAGCACUGAAUCCAGUUCUCUGCCCCGCGUGUCGAGUCGCAGCUACGACCUUCAGGAGAGACGUCGUACAGGCAACAUGACGGGAACUGAGCAGGCCAAAUAUCAACGAAUACCCACAGAUGAGUUUGAGGCUCAAACCCUCGCCUCUGCCCACCUGGACGGCAUCAAAAGUCAUCGAUUCGAAGAUGUUCCAGGGGUCCGUCGACAUCUGGUUAGGAAAGGCAUGAAGAGUCAGGUUGUGCACAUUAGCAAAGAUCAUAAGGAGCCCAGCACACGCAUUCGCAAACUGGACCGGACGCCGCACGAGGUGUUUGUGGAGCUCAAUGAACUCAUCAUGGAUAAAAACCAGGAGAUGCAGUGGAGAGAAACGGCUCGCUGGAUCAAAUUUGAAGAAGACGUGGAGGAAGAAACCGACCGUUGGGGGAAACCGCACGUCGCGUCGCUGUCCUUCCGCAGUCUGCUGGAGCUGAGGAGCACUAUAUCUCAUGGAGCGGUGCUGUUGGAUUUGGACCAGAAGACAUUGCCCGGCAUCGGCCAUCAGGUGGUUGAACAGAUGAUCAUCUCAGACCAAAUCAAAGCCGAGGACAGAGCCAACGUCCUCCGCGCUCUCCUACUCAAACACAGUCACCCGAGCGAUGAGAAGGAACACAGCUCCUUCCCCAGGAACAUCUCAGCAGCGAGUCUGGGCUCCCUGAUCACCCAUCACCAGAGCAGCAGUAACCAUCUCACCGUCCCCGAACCCUCUGUCAUGGAGCCUCUGAUGGGGACCGGUCAAGAGAGCACAAACAUCGACAUGGAGAAGAACGAGAAGGAGUCAUCUCCAGCUAUAGGCAUGCACAGAUCCAAAUCCAAACACGAGCUGAAACUUCUAGAGAAAAUUCCAGAAAACGCUGAGGCAACUGUUGUACUUGUUGGCAGCGUUGACUUUCUGGAGCAGCCCACCAUGGCAUUUGUUCGGUUACAGGAGGCUGUGGAACUAGCCUCGGUGUUAGAAGUACCGGUUCCUGUGCGCUUUCUCUUUGUGCUGCUCGGACCUCCCAGCACCAACAUGGACUACCAUCAGAUCGGACGUUCCAUUUCCACGCUCAUGUCUGACAAGCAAUUUCAUGAAGCGGCAUAUCUGGCAGACGAGCGUCAGGAUCUGCUGAACGCUAUUAAUGCUUUUCUGGACUGUAGUAUUGUACUUCCUCCAUCUGAGUUGGGCGGUGAAGAGCUCCUGCGGUCUGUCGCUCACUUCCAAAGAGAGAUGCUCCGCAAGAGAGAGGAGCAGGAGGUGGCCCUGCUGACCAAAGAGUCCAAAAGCCUGGAGGAGAAAGAGGCCUUGUUGGCGCCUUCAAAGCCUGAAGACGAUCCUUUGCAGCGCACUGGUCGUCUGUUCGGCGGGCUGAUCCGUGACGUCCAACGGCGCUACCCGAAAUACAUCAGCGACUUUAAAGACGCGCUGAACCCCCAGUGCAUGGCUGCAGUCAUCUUCAUCUAUUUUGCCGCUCUUUCUCCUGCGAUCACGUUCGGAGGCCUGCUGGGUGAGAAGACCGAAGGCCUCAUGGGUGUAUCAGAGCUGAUUGUGGGAACAUGUGUUCAGGGUGUGUUGUUCUGUCUGCUCGGGGCACAACCGCUUCUGGUGAUGGGCUUCUCUGGACCCAUCCUGGUGUUUGAAGAAGCCUUCUUCUCUUUCUGUAAGAGCAACAACAUGGAGUACCUGACGGGUCGGGUGUGGAUCGGAUUCUGGCUCAUCAUCAUUGUGGUGGUGAUGGUGGCGUUUGAAGGCAGCUUCCUGGUCCGAUUCGUGUCCCGCUUUACGCAAGAGAUCUUUUCUUUCCUUAUCUCUCUCAUCUUCAUCUAUGAGACCUUCUCAAAACUGGCCAAGAUAUUCCAGGAGCAUCCGCUGAGACGAUGCUCCGCUGUGGCCGUUGAUUUUAACGGCUCGGCGGUCAACUACAGCAUGGAGAACAUGACGUUCAGUCUAAUAUCGACGAACAGCAGCUCGCCCGAGGUGGUGAAGGUGGUCGGGGAGCCUAAUACCGCUCUGCUUUCCUCGGUGCUCAUGUCUGGAACCUUCUUCAUCGCCUUCUACCUGCGCAAGUUCAAAAACAGUGCUUUCUUCCCUGGCAGGCUAAGAAGAGUUAUUGGAGAUUUUGGAGUUCCUAUUGCAAUUCUUAUCAUGGUUCUGGUAGAUACCAGUAUUCAAGACACAUACACACAGAAACUGAGUGUGCCUCGAGGCUUUUCUGUGACGAGACCUGAUAAGCGUGGUUGGAUUAUCAACCCGCUGGGCUCAGAUGGACAGUUUCCUAUCUGGAUGAUGUUUGCCAGCUUCCUCCCUGCACUUCUCGUCUUCAUUCUCAUCUUCAUGGAGACACAGAUCACCACGUUGAUAGUCAGUAAGAAGGAGCGCAUGCUGGUGAAAGGCUCUGGUUUCCAUCUGGAUUUAUUGCUUAUUGUGACUUUGGGUGGCACCAGCGCAUUGUUCGGUUUGCCGUGGAUGGCCGCGGCAACCGUGCGCUCCGUAACCCACGUCAAUGCCCUGACUGUAAUGAGCAAAGCCGUCGCCCCGGGAGACAAACCACGCAUCCAGGAGGUCAAGGAGCAGAGGGUGACGGGGUUACUGGUGGCAAUACUUGUAGGACUUUCGAUUGUAAUCGGAGAUCUGCUGCGUCAAAUCCCCAUCGCUGUGCUCUUUGGCAUCUUUCUGUAUAUGGGUGUGAUGUCACUAAACGGUAUCCAGCUAACAGAACGCAUUCUACUGCUCCUGAUGCCCCCAAAGUACCACCCCGACCACAUCUAUGUGCGCAAGGUGCGGACGCUGCGGAUGCAUCUGUUCACGGCGGUUCAAGUGGUGUGUCUGGGUGUCCUCUGGGCUGUCAUGUCCACGGUAGCGUCGCUGGCCUUUCCGUUUGUUCUCAUCAUGACCGUCCCUGUCAAGAUGUUCGUCCUGGCUCGCAUCUUCAGCAGCCGCGAAAUGCAAUGUUUGGAUGCAGAUGAGGCCGAGCCCACCUUUGAUGAGAAGGAGGGGCAAGAUGAGUACACAGAGAUGCACAUGCCGGUUUAAGCCACGCCCACAUCUUGGCAUCUCUCCCAUCUCCCUCUAUACCCAUCUGUUAGUCACACCCAAUGGGACAGUUGCCUUUCAAUCAUUAACAAAACAAAACAGAAACGCUGUGUGUCUUGACACAGAGGUGAAUGUACUAUAGAAGUGAGAAUAUUGCAUUUGUGCGUUAUUACUGGAUUGGAUCUCCACCCAACAUCUCCAAUGACUGAUAUUGUUUGUGCUGCUAGAACACCUUUAUAGCCUUAAAUCAAUUCACCUGUGAGGAAUUUGUCUAUAAGGUUAACUGGACAUUUCCAAUAACACACAGGGGUUUAAUAAUAUAUUUAGUUUUUUAAUAAUUAUUCAUGACCAAGAAAGAUUGCCAAGAUUCAUUUCUUAUCAUUUGUCUUGAGAAUCGCUCUGUUUGUACUCCACGAAAUUCUUCAAAUGACACAAUUGGCAGUAUUUUUUUAUUAUAUUAUAGUAUUUGUUUGACAAAAGCGGGUCAUUUUCUCGCUUUUUUCAAUUACAUUUCUACACAAACGUGUGAAAUUUUUUAAUGCAGGAUUUUUGCCCUUUCUGAAAUUUGACAUUAGGUACAUACAAACCAUAACUAUCCUGUGAGAUGUAGUGAUGUUUGUAUGUACAGGGCAGAGUGUUGAAGUGCUCAAUGAAGACCAAUGUUUUAAAAAUCAGCGAUUUUUCUUAAGGAAGAUAAUUAACAUGAUCUUAAAACAAUAUUGUUUGGUGUAAUAUGUGCUCUGUAUUGUAAUAUGGUUCGUUUUUAAGAACUGUAUAUGACCAGUGGUUAGUAUGAGUCCUGUCAUUGACCGGCCCUAUUAGAUGCGUGUUUUAAAAAUAUGGUUUUAAGCCCACAGAAAAACACAGUAAAAACUAACACUAAAACAGUUGUUGUCCUCAACUCUUCAUGUUUAAGUUUGAUUUCCAGGUUUGAUUCUUAUCAUUUCUUUCUCUUUGCUUCACCAUUUAGAUCACUACAGUCAGUUAUCUGCUGAUACUGGGGUUGAAUGCACUAAUUCAUCUCCAAAACGACCUUUUCACACUUUUAUCAUAUUUAAUGCGCACAAACCUUGGGGAAAUGAUUUCCGGCUGUGAUUAUUUAAUUCUGCAUUUGUAGGUUUAGGGGUUAAUACACAAUUGUUUAGUCACAAUUGUUAAUACACAAUUGUUUAAUUGUUUAAGUGUAUUAAAGUGUUUUAAUACACUUUGUUUUUUCACUUGGCUGUGUGGUUAGUUCAUCACACUCAUAUCUACAUUUCACUUAUUGACUCCUGUUUAAUACACUUUUUGUAUUAUGAUCAUUUACUAAUAGGAUGUUGGGGUGGAUAUUUUGUUAAUUUUUUAGAAAGAAUGCGCUAACCAAGGACCAACGCUGAUCCGAGAACUGUAGACGGCAUUUUUAAUUCAAUAGGAAAGGCCUUAAUGUUUCAUAAAUACAAAUGAUUUGAUUUAGAGAAUGCUUUUAUACAUUUAAUUUAAAUCACAGCACAUUGUACUUUGUCACCGUUGUUCAUUUUUUUCGCCCUUGUUCAUGGACUAACCGAAGGUUUGGACGAGCUUUGCCCUGCAGAAGAAGAGCAGACAAUGUGAUUGCAUCGCAGCACUUUUGUGUGAAUGCUGGUUGUUAUUUUCUGUGGAUGUGAAGAACCCCUUGUUUGUAUAUGGUAUUUAUGAAUGCUGGUGUAUGACCGUUUAUGAAGGUGGUUAUUGUAUGUCUGAUGAUAUGAAUUGCAUUAAGACUGAACUGCAGAGCAUCAUUUGUGUGCAUGGUUAGGUUUUUAUUUCUGUUAUUGGAUAUCUAAUUGUUCAAUUUUCCAGUGUACAUACAGUAGUGCAAUAUUUACAACAAAUCCCAAGUAUUGCUAAUAAAGUUGAUUUUUCUAUUUAA